UCACACCAAGCUCCUCGUGAAAGUACGACCGAUCCCGAUGCGUGGGUGGGUAAUGUAUUUUCAAAAAUGUAGAGUGUGUAAAAGGGAUACGUAUAGUAGACGAUAGUGAUGACAAAGAAGCGAGGUGUGUGAGCAAGAUUACACGGAUAAUCGGAGACUUUUCAAAAGAUAUCGUGAUAUCGCCGGUGACAAAUGAAAAUAGUGAUAAUGAACGUCUUGCUGUGGAUAGCGUUCAGUGCAUGCGUCACGCACGCUUUUAAUUUGGAACCACGAAUUCCUAUUAUUAAAAGAGGCCUGCAGGGUUCUUAUUUCGGCUACUCAGUGGCUGAACAUAUAGAAAUCAACUCGUCAUCAAAAUCGGCGAGUUGGAUGCUGGUUGGUGCACCUUUGGAUCAAAAUCGACAGCCAGGAACAAACAGAUCAGGAGCAUUAUGGCAAUGUCCACUGACAACAUAUACAAGGGAUUGCAUUCAAGUUAUUACGGAUGGACGGAAACUGGGCGAUGGUCUAUUAUACAGACCAUACGAAUACGAAUUAUACGAUUCAAACUUGGAAUCGGAUGAUUUAGUAGAGCCACGAAACGACGAGAUAAAAGAUAAUCAAUGGCUGGGAGUCACGGUACGCAGUCAAGGAGCAGGAGGUAAAGUUAUGGUAUGCGCGCAUCGCCAUAUCGUCAAGACGGCAGACUCUCAAUGGGGCCAGGGUCAAUGCUACAUCCUAUCACAAGACUUGAAAUACGAAGAUUUGAAAAAGCCAUGCUCUGGAAAGCCCACAAACAAAGCACACGAACAGUUCGGCUAUUGUCAAGCUGGGACCAGCGGUUUAUUGACCGCGGAAGAUCGCGUGGUGAUUGGCACCCCGGGACCGCACACGUGGAGAGGAACUAUAUAUCUAUUCACUGUGUCCGACGAAUUUUUGACCAGAGACAACACGGUUUAUAACGCGCCAAUGCAAGAUUCCUCGCCUGUGAAUAAAUACAGUUAUCUCGGGAUGUCUGUGGCAGCUGGAAAUUUCUUUGACAAAGGUUUGGCUUAUGCGGCGGGCGCGCCUCGCUCAAACGGCACGGGUCAAGUGAUUUUGUUCACCAGGCGCGAUUUCCAACCUGACAUGGAUAUCGCUCUUACUCUGGACGGCGAGCAAUUUGCCUCGAGCUACGGAUAUGAGAUCAUGUCAGCAGAUGUGAACGGAGACAAAAUAACCGACUUGAUCGUUGCGGCGCCGUUUUAUUUCAAUAAGGCUGAAGGUGGAGCUGUCUACAUUUAUACUGCGCUGGAUAUAUGUAGAAUUAAUAAUGAGAAAUGUUCGCCUGUCAAGCUAGUUGGCCAUGAGGAAUCAAGGUUCGGAUUUGCGCUGACGAAUUUGGGAGACUUGAACAAAGACGGAUACGAGGAUAUUGCAAUUGGCGCGCCAUACGAAGGGAAAGGAACGGUUUACAUCUAUUUAGGUUCUAAGAAUGGCAUCAUUAAAACACCAUCGCAGAUCAUUCAUGCUGAAGAUAUGCCUACGCCAUUGAAAACAUUUGGUUACUCAUUAAGCGGUGCCAUCGACAUGGAUCACAAUGGUUAUUCCGAUCUCUUGAUCGGUGCGUACGAGAACGAUGCAGUCGUGCUUCUUCGUUCCAAAAAAAUAAUCGACAUCUCCACUUAUAUUCGUUACGCUAAAAAGGAUGGGACGUAUCAGGAUAAAAUAGAACCCAUUGAUCCUAACAGGAUCGGAUGCUGGGCCGAUCCUGAUUCGAAUCAUACGUGUUUCACGUUCGAGGCUUGCUGCAAGACAGAAUCGUUGGCGAAGGAGGAAUCUAUGCAGAAUCUGAGAUUGAAUUAUUACAUCGAGGCGGAAACGUACUCCGGAGCUAAGAAAUUCUCGAGAGUUUGGUUUGGCGCCAGCGGUAGCGCACGUCCCAACUACAUCAACCGGACGGUCACCCUAGAUACCACAAAGUUGAUACAUUGCCAGAAGGAAAUCAUCUAUUUAAAGGAAAACACCCGCGAUAUUCAAUCUCCCAUUAAAUUCCGGCUGAAUUAUUCGUUAAUACAAGAAGAACCGGUUAUGCCACCCGAAGGUGCUCCUUUACCUGACAUGAAAAACUAUCCGAUACUCAAUCAGCAAGAAGCCGCGCGCAUAUUCGAAGCCGUCUUCCAGAAGGACUGUGGAAAUAACGAUAUCUGCGAAAGCGAUUUGCAAGUGGCAGCUAAACUGAAUUUAUCAGCUUCUUCCAUAAAGCCAAACUUCUACGAACUGCUUUUGGGCGAAAGAGAGGAGAUAGUGGUGGAAGUGAACGUGGUGAAUGUCGGCGAGUCCGCGUACGAAGCUCAGCUCUUCAUCGUUCACUCGCAAAACUUGAAUUAUAUCGCCAGCAAGAGCAACGAUUCCGUGAUCUGCAAUUUGCACAACGCCACCCUGGUGUCGUGCUCUAUCGGCAAUCCGUUUAAGAAGGACAAAGCGAUGGACAUACAAGUGAGAUUCGAUCCCAAAGGACUCGAGGACAACGAGUCGCAGUUGGGCUUCACGGUUUUCGCAAACUCCACGUCGAAAGAAGUCAGGGAGAAGCGGCCUACUGUGCUGCAAGCGACAGUGUUAAAACGCGCCGAGCUCUCGAUCAAAGCGAGCACGAAAACUCAGUGGGCGUUUUACGGUGGUCCGGUGGUCGGUGAAUCCGCGAUAAAACAUUUGAACGAGGUGGGACCGAAGAUAUCGCACAUUUACGAGGUGUUCAAUGAAGGCCCGUGGAAAGUCAGCACCGUCGAAGUGCGCAUUUCGUGGCCUUACGAAGUCGCGAAUGACAAAGCGCACGGCAAGUGGCUGCUGUACAUGGAAGAGAUGCCCACUGUUCAAACUCUAGGAGAUGGUGAAUGUACGCUACCACCAGGACACGUAGUCAACCCAUUAAAGUUGCAAGAUAGCAUCAACUUCGACGAUACUGAUGGUAUCUUGCAAUCCUCAACGCCAUCAACUGUCUUAUACAAUCACACUAAUCAUAUAAGAACAACGCGGGAUACAGAGAAGGUUGUAAAUACGCGAACAACGAUCGACAAAAGUGGACAACGCCGCCGUACGGUUGCAAUGAAUUGUAAAGCCGGCACAGCGAAGUGCUUCGACAUCACAUGCUACAUCUACAAUUUACAGAGGAAGCAGGAAGCUACUAUAACUGUUAAAGCAAGACUUUGGAAUUCUACUCUGGUCGAGGAUUAUCCGAAAGUAGAUAUGGUUAGAAUAGGCUCGAACGCUAGAUUAGUGAUACCUCCGAAUAUUGUAAUCCAGCAAGAAAAUUUAAAGGACGACCAUACAAUGGCCGAGACGAUCGCUUACCCAGAUCUGUUAGAUCAGCAAGAAGCUGAGCCCGUACCUGUAUGGAUAUACAUAGUGGCCGCGGUAGCGGGUAUGUUAUUAUUCAUUUUACUUACGUUAGUAUUGCGGAAACUCGGUUUCUUCAAAAGGCGGCGACCAGAUCCGACCCUGUCAGGAAAUCUCGAGAAGCACAGGGACGAUAACCCCGAAAACGAGGCAUUGUUCAAGCACUGAGACUUACAAAUACUCGAAAUACUUAAAGUAUUCUUAACGAGUUGUCAUAAUUACUUAAUAAUGAGUACUUAUGAUGAGCAAGAUGAGUGCGCGUCUCCGCACGCGGCUCGUUUCCGAUUUUAUAUAUCAGAGUUUGGAGAUACGCAUAUUUCGUACGCGAACAGCUAAGUACGCGAAAGUUGAUAAAAUAGAUUGUGAUAUAUUAUUAUAUGAUAUGCGUUUCUCUCGAAAAUUUUCCUCGAAAGUGUUCGGAUGAUUAUUGUGCGUCGGUAUACGCAAGCGUCGUAAAUGCUUUAAGGUUUAUUUUUUUUCUAGGGAAAAAACCGUGCAAUAUUUUAAUAAUCAUGAAUAAUAACUAUCAGUAAAGAAAAAGGCAAGCAAUAUAGUUAUUUUCAGAAAAAAGGGCAAUUAUGACAAUUAAUCAAGAUUUACAAUUUUAUUUAUUAUUUAUUAAUUUAUUUAUUAAUCUAGAAAAAAAAAAUUUUUGAUUUCUUAUCUCUUCUGCAAGGAAGAAAUUUUGAAUAAAGUUAAAUCAGCAUAACUUCAAAAAUAAAUGCAAUGAAUAUUAAGGCACUUACGACACUUAAUGUAUACUCAAUGAAAUAGCUGUUAUUAGAUUAAUCGAAUUUCACUUGUGCCAUUACACAGCCAUGUGAAACAGCAUUGACAUGAUAAAAAAAAGAAUAAUCGAGUUCAUAGUAGAAAUCAUUCUCCAUUUACAUUAUUUUAAAAUAGAAAAAAACAAAUCAACAAGAAAUAUUAUUUUAAGAUUAAAGAAACGAAUAACAUAGGAAUAACUUUCUAUUCAUAUUUUUAAAGGAUAACGUUCUCUGAUACUUCUGUUAAAAGUGCAUAAAGAAUAUUAAAACCGUAGUACGUAGAAAUCGACUCAUACAAUCGAUUCAUACAAUCGGAUGUAUUAGUUCAAAUGCAUUCAUAUAUGCUGUCAUCAUAUAAUAGAAUUACUUUUCAUUACACAUUCAUUUUUUCUAAUUAUUAUUCAAAAAUAUAUCCAUAUAGCACAAACUUACGCAAUCUAUUAAGUGAUCGACUAAGUCUGACUUCGUUUACAUUUAUCGUGAUGAAAAAAAGUAACUAGUAAGCCUUAAAUAAUGGGAGCAAUUAUUAAAUACAUUAAAUACGUAAUUAAUUUGCUCCUUGAAAUAUUUGGAAAUUUGAAUUCUACAGAAUAUUCUGCGAAAAUUUAAUGUUUUUAGUAUCUAUCUUUAAUAUCCCGAUAAAAUAAAUCCUUAAAUAUUUGUUAUAUGAUACGUCGCUUACAUGCAGUAUUCCAAAUAAGAAAAUAUAAAAUAAUAAAUAUCUUAAAAAAACAAAACAAACUUGACAAAACUUGUUUCGCUUUAAGAAGGCAAUAAAACAGAAUCCUUGAUCUGAGCUUGAUAGCUGUGUAAAACAC